GGAAUUGUCUAGUUGAAGGAGAAAAUUAUUUCGACAAGAAGUACAUUCGCACGUGUCUUUCUACCGAUUUUAUUUUAGAAAAACUCAAGGAUUUUUCGGGUUGAAGAUCAUGGCACUGAGCCCAGCUACUAAACAAAAAGUUGCGGUUGUUCUGGAGGUGACGAAGACUAUUUUACACUGGGGAUUUAUGCCUACCGUUCUCUAUUUAGGGUUCAAGAAGGGAGCUGACCCUGGACUACCCCCACUGACGCUCAUGAAUCUAUUAUGGCUCUGAAGUACCCACCAGUCCGAAACUAGUGGAAAAUAUCUCAACACGUGCCAUUUACGUUACCCCAUAUUCAGGGAUCACCAGUUAGUGUGAAAUAAUGACAAAUAAAUUCACGUGAAUAACAGAGACCAACAAUUGUUUAACAAAAUU